AUGCAGAAAUAUCGAAAAGAAGAGAAAGGAUUAGACGAUGACCGAGAAGACGAGGACUCACCACACAAGUCAGAGAUACAAUUGGUAAGAUUUCCUUCAAGAGUGUUCCCUGCGACACUUAAAGGAUCAGCGCAGAAAUGGUACUCUUACCUUAAAGCUGGGUCAAUCAGCUCUUUCUCCGACUUGGCUUCGGCGUUUAAGGCCAGGUUCAGGACUAACAUCCCCAUGCAGAAAAGCUUUAGUGACCUGAGGAAAUGCAAACAAGAAGAGCAAGAAACCCUGAAGAACUUCGUUGAGAGAUUCAAUAAGGAAGCAGUACAAAUUGAAAAUUUGAACCAUGACAAGGCGAUUGAAGCAAUGAAGAUAGGAACCAGAUUCGAAGAACUCCGAGACAAGAUCCUGAUGAAAAAACCUACCACACAAAUACGUUGA